AUGGAUAUGGAUGGCCCUUCGAGCACCAAGACGUUCUUCCGACCGCCGGUAAAGAGGAGAAAGUUCCCUCGGCGUCGACCGGAAGACAUACCAGAAGAACGUCGUCCCACGUCUUCAGAAAGCAGUCGCAGCUUACAUCCACUUGCGUCUCAGUCACAGGCUGCACAAGAUACACAGUAUGACACUUUGCACCAUCCCGGUGUCAGUCGCCCGAGGCAGCUGCGACGGUCUCGAAAAGGUGGCAUCGAAUUCUCCGCCACGCACCAAUCGACAGAGAAGGCAACUCAGUCUGCUGCAUCGACAGUGACAGCAGAAGAGCUUGACGAGGAGAGAGUUCGAGCUAUGUGUGAUCGAUUUACUGCCCAUACGGGGCAAACGGUCGAUGUUGACAAGCAUAUGAUGACCUAUAUAGAAUCUGAAAUGGCUAAGCGAAACCGGCGCAGUAUGCCGGCAGAUACUACUGACUCCGAUACUCCUAUUAUAUACGAAGCAGCCAGCGGCGCAAGCACCGUAUCUGACCUCCCCCGACGCGAGCCGGCAUCCCUAGGCAAGCUGCAUGAAAUUGACCUUGGUCGGGAAACCACACUAGAGAACAUCGCACGUACGGAAGCAGCUACGAGAAGACUUGCUGGUGACGACGAAGGCGCACCUCCUUUAGAUGAUGGCUCACCAUCAAAGAUGGUUCCUCUAGGAAGGGAUGAAAAGCUGUGGCGAAGUCGGAAGAGACGGACCAGCGAUGACGUUGAAAGAGAUAGGCUUGUGGAAGAAGUUUUGCGUGAAAGCAGACUGGAUGUCUACGAUGAACCAGCAGAAGAGGAAGCGAUUGCUGCAGAUGACCAAGCGGCUGAUGAUAGGGUCGCCGAGCAAUUCCGGAGGGAUUUUCUUGAUGCCAUUCAAUCGCGUCGUCGUUUAGCACGAGCAAGGAACACGAAAACAACCAAGCCGGAAGCGCCACGAGGCCCUAAACUGGGUGGUAGCCGUAGUGCUAGGGCUGCAAUGCGUGAGAUGCAAGAGAAGUCGGGGCGGAAAUAA